GAUUUCAAGAAGACAGCAAGCUGCUGGCCUUACCCUCAGGACAAUGAGCGAAGGAAGUGAGCAAGUGGCAGGUGAUGCAGAAGUUGGCUUGCGGAGUCACAGGUUGCUGGAGAUGUGCCUCAUUAUUGGGAUUUCUCCCAAAAACCUGCGGAGGGUGAUCCAGGACAUGCACAGCAGUUUCUUUGACGCUGCAGACAUUACUCCAGAGGUUCUGUCCAUUCAUGCUCCACCGUUCACCGGGCCUCAAACAAAUGUUCACACCGACUCGCAGAGCUCAUCGCACAAGCAGGAGGAGAUCAUGGGACCAACGUUCGCUUCAGCCCAACUCUUUGGAAAUAUGGAAAAUUUUAAAGAACACCUCAACGUUUCGAGGGGAAUCGAGCUGUGUGGCCUGCCUGAGCUGUGCUUCCCAGAUGGAUUUAAGCUUCCAGUGGAAGAGCAGGAAGAGUCUUUCCAUUUCCUGGUUCUGACGGAUAUCCUCGGGAACAGACAACAGGGAGUGGUGCUCCACAUUAACAGAGAGAUAAAGGAAUCCGAUCUUUAUCAAUCCGAGAGCACAGAACUCACAACGGACUGUUCUGAACCUUUCAAAGUCCUGGUCCCCUUUGGGAUCUGCAUCAUCACCAAGUUUCCGUAUUACACAGUGCUGAAGGACUGCCUUUCCUGUCUUCUGCUUGACCUGCAGUCCUGCGGAGAGAGAGAGUUUGAGAUGAAGGUGAAAGAGUUUGCAGCUCAGUUAGCUCUUGUCCCAUGCCCACCACCAGGAUCCAUCCAACUGUGCUUUGAGCUGGGACCCCUCAGUAUAGUGCUGUCACCUCCUGAAGAUAUUGACAGUCCAGUUAUUGACAUCGGCCUUCACAUCCCAUUCCUUUGCUUCAAAUCAGAGACUGUGCUGCAGAUACUGACAUACAUCCUGACCGAGCGAAGACUGGUCUUUUUCUCCACUAACUGGCCACUGCUGACCCUGGUGACUGAGUGCUUCAUACAUUACCUGUACCCUCUUCAAUGGCGGCACCCCUACAUCCCAGUGCUGGGCAAUCAGAUGUUGGACCUGGUGAUGGCACCCACUGUCUUCCUCAUGGGUUGUCAUUCCAGACACUUCGAAACGAUCAACGAGGUGGAAGAGUUGGUUCUGGUGGACGUUGAUAACGGUACAGUUCUGACCACACAACACAAGGGCCUGGAGACCCCACAUCUGCCCACAGCUGCCGUCGAAGAAUUCUUGACCAGCACACAGCAGCUUCGAGCCAACACAGAGCUCUCUUCAGCCCAUCUGGCUUCACACACGAACCUGGCAACGGCUCGAGAGAAGAAACGUGAUCAGAGGCAGCAAAUGAACAACAAACUUCGACAGAUCUUCCUGCAGCUCAUCGGGAACCUCCUCAGGGAUGUCUCCAAACAUUUGAACCUUAAGCACCGUGUGUUCAACAAGAAGGAGUUUUUAGACUCGCGACAGCCAGCUGCCCAGCCUUUCUACAACAGCUUUUUGAAGACCGACUUGUUCCACUGCUUCCUGAAAGCCCGAAUGAAUAAGAAAGUGGAUGCGUUCACGCGUUGGGAGAGAAGUGAAUCAAACAGGGUGAACUGGGAGCAGACCCUGAACACUUGCUCAUCAGUCAACGUCUCAUCCACCUGUCCGAGGAAGAAAAAGGAUCAAAGUCUUCACUGUCGUCAGCUGUCGACCACAAGUGCAAAUGACAAGGCUGCAUGCCUCGAAUCUUUGACACAUCGCAACUCAUUGAAAAUGAACAAAACUUUAGGAAGAGUCAGUAAGGGUAAAGCACCACUCCGAACACUGUACCUGCCUUCAUUCCCCUGUGACCCACUGGAUUCUCUCAGCGUCUCCCUGUAUUACACCAAACUAGUUGUCCAGAUCAGCAGGACCAUUGACCAGACGUGUAUUGACGACUCUGAGGCAUUGGCCGUGUGCUUCUAUCUGCGUGGGAUUGUCCGCCUUGCCCAGGGCCAGUCCUUACAAGCUCUGCUGGACUUCCAGAAUCUGGAGAAAAUCAACAUGAACUUCUUCCCCUGGGAUCUGGUCAAACACACACUGAACUCGAUGACCCCUGAGCAGCUUCACGCUGUGCAGGAGACAGAGGAGCUAAAACGUCUGUUCUUUGGGACCAUGCAGAAACACUGGGACACACUCAAACAGGAGGAGAGCGUGAAGAACUUUGAGUUGCCCAAGAUGCCCCUCAACAAACAGGACUUUGGAAUGCACAUCCAAGCUGCUGGAAUAGUCAAUCAUCCCAACAACACUGAUCGGCUCUUUGACAUCCUCGCAGGAGGACAGCAGAAGCUGAUUGAGCCAAAGAUGUUCGACGAGCUGUACUCCCGUUGGAAUGAGAUUAAGUCGGAGAUGGACAACAUCACGCUACCACCUGAGGUCAUGCAGAACCUUCUGGAAAAUGAGCGAAUCUCGAAGGUGUCGAACCCGGUGAAGACCAGCUAUGGUCUGGGCCGCGUGGUGCUGAGUCAGAAACGCCUGUUCCUGUUGAUGGAGGCACACCCAUACUGCAAGGAGAUUGCUCUUUUCCGAGACAUCGAGGAAGUGGAAUUCUGUUUACCAGUAUCGAUCUUCCCGCUCAAGAUCCUGGCCCUGAAGAUCAAGGUGCGGGAUAAAAAGGAGCCCUUCAUCGCCAACCUCAAGUCAGAGAGGGACCUGUGGAAGGUGAUCAUCCGGGAGAUGUGUGCAGGAAAGUUCCUGGCAGAUAGACACAAGGACCCUCAGUACAUUCAGCAGGCACUCAGCAACAUUCAGCUCAUCAAUGCAGUGGCUAAAUGUAACUUUCACCAACGGCCCAUGGUCAUCGCCUCCAAACUGGCAUACCUGGACCAUACUGUCGGGGAAGAGUCACAGGCCGUUCCACGGAUGACAUCAGAUGCCCUGAAGCACACCCUCCACCUCACUGAUUCCAAUUCUACCCCCUACGUGGUUGAUGUCCUCCUGUAUGUUCCUGGUAACCUGGACCCGUGUGAGAGCGCUGAGACACACCCGAAGCUAUGGUGUGGCCUGAGUGACGGCCGCGUGAUGAUGUACAAUGCAGCUACUUGGAUAAUGGAGCAGCCGCCAAUCCAAGCUGGCCAUUCCAAACUGAACUGUAUGAUUGGCAUCGGGUAUGAGCAGGUGUGGCUGGGAUCGGAGGAUUCAUCCAUUUACAUCAUCGACGCGCUCGCCAUGAGCUGUAACAAGAGGCUGGUGGGUCACCGCAACCAAGUCUCCGACAUGAUCCAGGAGGAGACACAAGAGAACGGGGACAGUAUCAGUCAGAUUUACUCCUGUAGCCUGGAUGGCUCCAUUCUGCUAUGGGACCCCGAGCUGAUGAAGAUAAAGAGUCAGUUCCAGUUGCCUCAGUGUUGGAGGCUCACCUCCAUGUUGCUGCAUCGUGACCACAUCUGGUGCUGUGUUGAAUACAGUCUGUUGGUCCUUGCUCGAGAUGGCACACAGAUCCAGGAGGUGACCUUGACACCAAGUCCCGAGGGUAGCUCCAAUCUCAUGACCGACUUCCUCAUCAUCCCUCAGAGAGAUGAGCUCUGGGUCGUGUGCAGUCAGCGAGCAAAUGUUUACAUCUGGAAAACGGAUGAUCUCAAGGAUCCGAUCCAAACAAUCCCACUGCCGGGCUGUGCAAACAUCUCCUGCAUGAUUCAUGUCAAAAAUCAGGUCUGGGUUGGAGGAGGAGGAACCAACAACAACAGCAAGGGUCGCAUUUACAUCAUCAACUCGGAGAGCCACUCGCUGGAGAAGGAGCUAGAAGCACCUUGUGGUGGUAUUGGAGCUCUCUGUUCGGCUGAAGAUCGAUAUGUGUUGAGUGGGACACAGGACAGCAAGGCCAUCAUCUGGAAAGUGGACUGAGCUGUUACAACCUGACCAGAGACAGAGGGCCACCAUUUCCCAGUCUCAGUGUUGGAUGCUAUUUUUCCGUCAGGCUGCUUUGGGCCAGUGUUAGAGGUUAGAGGGAGUCAGGGGGGUGGUUUUGAUACACUCUCCCUCUGUCUGCCUCCUUUUCCCAGGGCUGGAGGUGUCAUUGGUGGAGCAGCAGUGACUGAGCAACCACCUCCCUCAACAGCCCCCUCUCAGGAGAGUCUCAGACAUGCAAUUUUCACUCUCCGCCCCUGCCUCAGAAAAUUUGGACCACACCUCACUGAAUUAAAGGAGCUGUUUGUCAACUGACCCCUGACCCCAAAGAUGUCAACGACUGGAGAUGACCGGUGACCAGAAACAAGCAACAGCACAAUUACCACAAGAAGGGGCAGCAACUGGGAAUAAAAGCAGUCCUCUAACAUUCCUUUGUAUUAAAUCUUAUUUAAAAAUUACUUUAGUACAUAACCAAA